UUAUACAGUACACUACAUAACAAACUAUGCUUAUAGUGGAAUUUCUGACGCAUUGCAAGAAUCCAUGCAGAAUAAAGAAUAGCCAGAAUCCGUGUUAUUAUUUAGGUUACUUCCUACUUUCACUUUUAAAACCACACAUCUGAAAAUGGCGUCGAAAAAGGACACAGCAAAGCGUAGGAGAAGAAAACAAAGUUUGAGCCCACCACCAACAAUGUCUGAGCUGAGGAUCAUUGUGAUGGGAAAAAGUCUACAACAUACCGGCAUGGUAGGAAAUUUUAUCCUGGGAAAAGAUGCAUUUGAGACUGAAGAUCCUCCACAUUCAGUCAGGCAGUGCAGUAAGAGAGCCAGUGGAUGUGUUGAAGGAACGCACAUCACUCUCAUCAAUGCACCUCCUUUAUUUAACCCAAAACUAAAACCAGAUGAACUGAAAAAGUGUGUACAUCUUUCUGCUCCUGGACCUCAUGCAUUUUUACUUGUGAUACAACCUCACAGCUUCACAGAGGAGGACAAGAGCCACUUGGGAUUGUUAUUAAACUACUUCAGUAAGCAAGCUCUAAACUACACCUUUGUCAUCGGUAUAGAGCAGGAUUCUAAUGGAGGCAAGUCUGGAGGAAAGUCGAAUGCUUUUCAAAGUUUAAUAAAUGACUGCUGUCAGCGGUAUUAUAAAUAUAAACAGCUUAAAAAAAAGAAUUCAUGUCGUGAGCUUUUUAAUCACAUCAGAAGUGUGGUCAAAAGAACGGAGGACAUUGUCUCAUGUGUGACGUCUCUGAGGAAUCUUUCCAAACUGAUGAUAAUCCUGCAAGACUGGGAGAGAGAACACUACACAUCAGUCCUAAAUGUUACUGAGUUUAAUAGACAGACACUUCUAAAUAUUAUUGAUUUUCUUUUCAUUUCAGUGAUGGAAAGUGAUUCCUCAUUGCCAGUGUUAAACCUGGUGCUGUGUGGAAGUGAUGAAGCACUAAAGACCUCCAUAUCAGAUCUCAUAUUGGGCAAGAGAAAUGUGAAGACUGCAGAAGUCUGUGGAUGCCGUCUCAGGCUGAUGGUGAUGCCAACUCUCUAUAACACUCAACUCUCAGAUGAUGAAGUGAUGGAUAAGAUUCUCCACUUUAUCUCUCUGGAUAAUCCUGUCCAUGCUUUUCUUUUUAUCAUUCCUGUUGGUCCUCUCACUGAUGAUGACAAAACAGAAAUAGAGAUGAUUCAGAGAAUCUUUAGUCCAAGUGUGUGUGAUCACAGUAUAGUUAUUUUCACCAGCGAGAACAUUAAUGAAGCUACAAUUAACUUUGUUCAGCGAAGUUCAGAAAUGGAAGAACUUCGACGCUUGUGUGGAAACAGAUAUAUGAUCUUAGAGAAAGAACAAAAACGAGGACAUAAACAGGUACCAGAACUGUUAGACCAAGUAACAAAUAUGAAAAGAUUUAUUCUCUCUCAAUGUAUAUUGAGGCACAGAGAGAUGGAGCUAAAAAGUGCUGAAGGUGAAAACUCUGACUUCAAUCAUCUGAGAAUAUUACUGAUUGGGAAAACAGGAAAUGGGAAGAGUGCCACAGGAAACACCAUUCUAGAAAGAGAAGAAUUUGAGAGUGAUGUCAGCAUGAAAUCUGUGACAAAAAUGUGCCAGAAGGGAAUUGCAGAAGUUCAGGGCACAUCAGUAGCUGUUGUGGACACUCCAGGACUCUUUGACACCACACUAUCAAAUGAAGAAGUAAUAGAAGAAAUUGUGAAAUGCAUUUCAUUGCUGGCACCAGGACCCCAUGCCUUCAUCAUUGUGCUGAGUGUGGGAAGGUUCACUGAGGAAGAGAAGGAAACAUUGACUAUGAUUAAGAAGAUCUUUGGUGCCGAGGCUGCAAAAUACACUAUAGUGCUGUUUACUGGAGGAGAUAAACUGAAAGGUAAAACAAUAGAAGAUUAUAUCAAGACCAGUGAUCAUGCAUGUGUGAACAGGUUAAUCAGGGACUGUGGUGGAAGAGUUCACUUGUUCAAUAACACUGUAAAAGAUUCCACCCAAGUUAGCGAUCUUCUUCAGAAGAUUGAACAAAUGAUCAAGUUUAACAGGGACAAUUAUUUUACUAAUGAGAUGUUUGAGAUGGCAGAGAUGUUGAUACAACAGAAACAAAUGGAGAUGCUGAAAGAAGAGGAACAGAUGCAAGCUGAGAAAGAGGCUCUGGAGGCCAAAUUUGAAGAAGAGCUUCAACAGCUCAGGAAAAAAAUGGAGGAAGAGAGAGAGAGGUUGGAAGAGGAUAGGCGAAUCGGAAAACAAAAGAAAAUAAAGCAGGAGUAUGAGGAACAGGAGAAUGUAAGAAAAGAAGAGUGGAAUAAAAGAUUCCAGGAGGAAAAUACAAGAAGAGAAGAAGAGAGACAGAGACUACAGAAACUGAAAGAGAAGAUAGAAGCAGAAAGGCAAGAGGAGAUUAAAAGAGAGAGAAGAAUAAAGAAAGAAAAGAUAAAGAAGACAGAACAGGAGCAAAUGAGAAAUGACUAUAAGAAGAUAGAGAAAGAAAUGGAGACCAAAUAUCAGAAUGAGGCGAGAAGACAAGCUGAGCAGAUGAAUGACUUAGAGACACAACAUAAAGAUUCCAUUCAAAAAGUGGUUACCAAGCAUGAAAAUGAUUCUAAACUUUCAGUAGACUCGAAUAAAGAUAAACAAGAGUUAGAUGAGCCCAAACAAAAGAAAUGCAUUAUUCUCUAGAAGAUUGAUGAUGCUGUUUGGGCGUUUACAUUCACAUGGGGCAAAAUAAUCCACAUUUCUUUAACUACAAUGCUUUAUUCACUGUUCAUCACAAAAAGCUACAAAGUUUUCACAGCUAGUCUAGACUGAACAAUUACAGCAUUUGGCAGACACAUUUUCAAUGUUACUUACAAUUAUUAUAUUUAUGCAACUCUGAAAUUGAAAACAUUGUUUUAUUUCACCCUUUAAUUUUAUUUCACACAUUGGUCAAGAUUUUAAAUGCAGCUAUAGGUGAUCAUGUUCCUGCUCCAGAUGGACAGGUUGCUUUGCCUACAGCAUUCAGAACAAAUAGACCUGUUGAGUUUGUGGCACCGAGGCCAUGGAGAGGCAUCUGUUCUGUCUUCUGUUAUCAUAAGGAUUUCUGUGCAUUUGUUCUUAAUUUGACAUUGGAUACAGAAAGAAUCUGAUUGGUUCCUGAUGAAAUAGGAGGCACAUUUGAGAUGGUGAGACUGUAAUGGAGAUGUGUGUUAAUCAUAAUGUACAUUUAUUAUUUUUGUAAUACUUCAGUGCCGAGUGAGAAUCGUCAUACUGUUCAGAAACUAAUAUGUUGCUACACUUAUACUGUCAUAUCAUAGUAUUUCAUUGGCAUGUGAUGAUCUUUGUCCACACAAAAUCUGUGUAUUAUUGAAAAAGGUUUUUGUGGCUAUUUUGAUGCUCCAUUCAUUAUUUUUUUUUUUUACGUUUUAUCAAUCUCAAUAUUAUUGGAAUACUAUGAGCACUAUACAUUUUUUUUCAUGAUGUUUUCAUUCUAUUAUAAUUUCGUAUUAUGUACUUCAUCAGUUUUAUACUAACA